UCAUUCGUUGCGUAAAUGCAGAUCGGUAGGGUGAAGUUCAUGUUCAAAAUGUAAGUUUGAGGUAGGUUUCAAAAAUGUUCCUAAUUAUCAAUGUAUUUGUCCUUGUGCCUUUGAAAGAAUCAUCAAUGAAUCGAUAUUUUGUCAAAUAAAAAGAUAUCUACUGGUUAACACUGCAUUGAAUAUCUUACAACACGCGAGGACUCAGCGAUACUACGCAAAUUAACCAAAUUAAUGCCUUAAAAUUUCGCGAGGUAGCAAAUUCGAAAGUGACCUGCAGGAAGCUAUGAAAUUGUGUGCGCCGUAUGACGGAUUGUGCCAUGAAUAUGCAUUGCAAUUAAAGUUUCAGUUGUUCUGCUCGGUGUAUUUAUUCUUUUUCGGUAGCAAACUUUGUUUAGUAUUUAGGAGUAGGCAGUCGCGUGUGGUACCAAAUUAAAAGUUCUCUUCGCUAGAGUUAUUGUGAUCCUGACGGUUGUAAAACCAGUUCGUAUUAUUUUUAAACUACCAAUGCACUGUACUGUCUGUGUUUUUUGUUUUUGUAAAUUUUUAUCCCAUCGUUCAUCACACUAAAUUUGUUGAAGUGAUGAACUGGUGAAAUUCUUUUUUUGAUCGAAUGAACAUGAGUAGUUUUUAAAGUAGGAUUAGUUGAGAUACAAACCAGUGUCAAUAGUAUUUGGCUCAAUUAAACUGAAAAGUACUGUGCAGGUCAAAAAAAACAAACUAGUGAAAAAAAAAACGUAAAAUAAAUAAAUACAGAAUAAUUUUUCUGUGGGGAUUAUGCAGAGGUUAUGAAGAUAAAAAAGAAACAUCAACGACCGUCCAAACAUUGGAAUACCUUUAUGUUUUCCCUUUGUAUGAACAUUUGGUUCUAAUAAAAGUUGAAAUUGUAUGCAACUGUGAAUGCUAAGUGGAUCUAUAUUUUUCAACCGUUAGAAUAUAUCAUAAAAAUUCAAAAAAGUUGCAUUGGAAAUACAUUUUUUCACGAUAUUUCGACAUUGAAAUCAAAAGCUGUGUUCCAGGUUACGUCCAAAACCUGGAGGAAGAAUUAUUUGACUAACAAUAUGCAUCCUUAACUUCCGCUAUGCUUAGGGAUACCAUCUGGUUGAAAUUAGAAAUCAGGACACCUUUUUUUCGGUACAAAUUUGAGCUAAGCUGUUCUUCAAAGUUUAAAAUAAUAUACCACGUUAAAUGUGAUUUGCAAUUCAAAAACACCAAACUACUUCUUUACUUGUUCAACAUAAUUCUCAAACGAUCUAAGCAGUUUUGAAUGUAUAGGCAGAUGUUCAGCACAUGUGAACUUUUUCAAAUUAAACUUACCGUUUAGAUGGGACUGACUGAAGAGUCGAAAAAUAAAAUGUGAUUUUUUCUGGAUGUUUAGGGUGAAAUGAAGUGUUCGGGUAUUUUGGAUAUUGAUUAAGGUAUGUUUGGAGAUGUAUUUUGUGUGUUUUGUGUGCAAGUAUAGUUAGUACAUAUUAUGCUAUUGGCAGCGUUUUUCGCGAAACCAUGUUUUUUAACUUAUAGUGAGUUUUUCUCAGCAUAUACUGAGCCUAUCUAGCUGAAUUUUUUUUCCAGCUUGUAAAAAUGGAUUAUCUUACUUACUAGCCGUUUUUUAAAUAUUUAAUUUUUUUUUUCAAUAUUUUAUGAUUUCUUAAAGUGAUUUUUUUAUGAAAAAAGCUAAUUUUUUACUAAAAUGGCCGCCGUUUUGUCAAUUUUUUUAAAUUUCAAAAACGGCUAUGUACCAAGUUAGAUAAUCCAUUCUUGCUAAAAAAAAUUUAGCCAAAUCGGUUCAGUACUUGCUGAGAAAAACCUACCUCCCAUUUAGGGAGGGCAUUCACGUUCCCAGCUGCCAACAACUAUACAAUAUAUAAUACACUAUAUGUGCAACCACGACAUGCAAAAUAAAUCUUCACAUGAACCUCAAUUAAUAUCCAAAAUAGCCGUACACCUUACUUUACUCUAAACAUUGGAAAAAAAAUAAUUUUCGACCUUACAGAGUAGAGUCCCCCGUUAAGCCAAAUGUUUAACGGUUACAAUACCUAAAAGAUUUCUCUCGUCACUUAACUAAGAUUCAAUUAAAAACAAAAUCGUCCGUAGUGACCGUUGUGUUCUGGAGUCAAAAAAAUUAUUGAUUUUGAAAAAUUCUGCAUAUUAUUAUCACACUACAAAAUUGAAAACCUUAUGAAAAUCAGGACAAAUGCCAGAAAAUGAAAAAUUAAACCAGGACGUCAAAACAGGGUCUCAAAAUCAGGACAUGUCCUGCUAAAUCAGGACGGAUGGUAUCUCUAGUUAUGCUUCUAUAAUUAUAGCUCAUAACUGCAUUAUUUAAUCAAUUUAUGAUUAAAAACGACCAUUGCUUUCGUUUUUACUUAAAAAUUUUUGACCUCAGUCCUCCGAAACAGCGUUGUAGCAUUACUGGUAUUAAUUUUACCAUUAAAGUAUCAAUUAUUAGCUUCCUGUCAAUUCGCAUUGUUAGUAAUUGUAACCACCAGCAAUUUGAUUUUUUCCAGAUUUUCAUGCCAGCCUCAAAUACCUAUUUGAAAACGGUUUUGCAAAUUCAUGAGUGCAGAAGUCAGUAAGACUGUUAGUCAUCAGCGAACUAAAAUUAUAUAAAUUUCUGGCUGUUAAACCUAGAGUUUUGAGAAACAGCGGUUCAAAAUAUUUCUAAAAUUAAAUUUAAUAGUUCCGGUACAUAAUCAAGUUAUUAAUCAGCACAACAUGGAUCUGAAAAACGCCAAAACAAUCUAUGACUUUACUGCAGUUGACAUCAACGGGAACGAUGUUAGUCUGAGCAAAUACAAAGGCACUGUAUGCUUAGUGAUGAAUUUUUCCACCAAGGAUCCGGUGUGUGAAAAAGUGAUCUCAAUGCUCGCUCCACUGCACAAAAAGUAUCACAGUGACACCAAACAAGAUCUUAAUAUUCUCCUGUUCCCAUGUUUUCAAUUUGGUGCCAACGAGUCAACGAGCGAAGUUCUAGACUUUUUCGAGAAAAAUGCUCAGCGCCGAUUAGGAGAUGUUUUUGCUGAGAUAGAAGUUAAUGGCUCUAAGUGCACCGAAUUAUAUAAAUUUCUCAAGAAGAGUAAACCGGGAAACUGCGGAGGAUUUAUCAACAGUAAUUUUACAAUGUUUUUGACUGAUCGAAAUGGAGUACCUGUAGAGCGAUUCGGAGCAAAUGUGCAUCCGUAUCUGUUGGAAGAUUUGAUGGACCAAUAUUGUGCGUAAGGUUUGUUAUUCAGCUGAGAAAAAAUAGCAAUAAACUAAAAUGAUGAAUGACGUUUAUCAACGGCCUGGAAGGUAAUAAAUAAAUUUGCCAGAAAUAUCA